CACAGUGCAGCACUUCUCAGGACGCAGCCCAACUGUCAGCAACUCUUGCUGACACACUCACUCAGUUCUUCUGAGUAGCCAUGCGGUAAUGCCUCGCUUACCCCAGGGAAACCCCCUCUAGUCAACUUAUUUUUCCUGCUUUCUCUUCAAUAAUGAGAAAAGACCGAUUCCUCUUGGCCGUAACCAUCAUCGCCAUCUUCUCCGCUGACCUCUACUUUAUCCUCCUGCCAAAACUGCGGAGCGCAGGAGAAAGAUCGGGACACUUCUGCACGUGCCGCCAGAACAACUUCAGCCAUUCUGAUCAGUUCUCCAACUGGACUUCUUUACUGCUUCAGGAUGUGGAGCCUUCUGGAUUUAACGAUGGGGGCUCCAAGCUGAACAGGCUGUUCACCCAUCCUUUAUAUAAUAUUCAUUCCCCAACAUUGGUACCAGAGGAGAGGCUGCUACAGGUGGACCAGUUGAUGGACUACAACAGGAAGAAGGUGUCACGAUGGGAAAGACACAUGAAGUUAUACAACGAAGCAGUGGCCGCCUCCAACAUCACAGUGACUGACCACAAAAUGGCCUUCGACGCUGACGCCAACUGGCUCAAAUUCCACAUGGGAAUAAGUCGCUACGCUCUAUACUCCCGCCGUGACCCGGCUAUUGCACAGCUGCUCCUGGACAUGCGCGACAUGACUGUGGUCAACGCAGAUUACACUCAAGAUGAGAAGGCUUUGAAAGGAGCAUGUGACUGCAGCCAAGUGGUGAAGCCCAGCGGACACCACCUGAAACUGGCACUGAAAUUGCAGAAUUUUGGCAAGGCCAUGUUCAAGCCAAUGAGGCAGCGGAGGGACGAGGAAACUCCAGAAGAUUUCUUCUACUUCGUCGAUGUCCAGAGACACAAUGCAGAGAUUGCUGCUUUUCACUUGGACAGGAUCUUGGACUUCCGCCGAGUUCCACCGGUUGUUGGCAGGUUUCUCAACCUGACUGGUGAAGUGCUCCAAGUUACCCGAAAUGACGACCUACGGGCUGUUUUCUUCACCUCACCUGCUAACAACACUUGUUUUUUCGCCAAGUGCCUUUAUAUGUGUAAGACAGAAUACGCCGUGUGCGGGAACCCUGAUCUACUUGAGGGUUCCCUCUCAGCCUACCUGCCCGGCCUCAGCAUCGCCCCCCGCAUCUCCAUCCCCAACCCUUGGACCCGCUCGUACACCUUCACUGGAAAGCAAGAGUGGCAGGUGAAUCCAUCCUACUGUGACACUGUGAAGAAGCUUUAUCCUUACAAUUCCGGCAACCGGCUCCUCAACAUCAUUGACAUGUCUAUAUUUGACUUUCUUAUGGGCAACAUGGACCGACAUCACUAUGAGAUUUUCACCAAAUUUGGCGAUGAAGGAUUUCUUCUCCACUUGGACAAUGCCAGAGGAUUUGGGAAGCACAGCCAAGAUGAGAUGUCUAUUCUUGCACCAUUAUCUCAGUGUUGCAUGAUAAAGCGCUCCACCCUUCUGAGACUCCAGCUGUUGGCCCAACCAGAGUUUAGACUGAGUGACGUGAUGAGGGAGUCUCUGCUGAAAGACACCCUUCAGCCUAUUCUAACAGAAGCACACCUCGCCGCCCUGGACCGUAGGCUCCUCAAGAUCCUACGAGUUGUCCAGCGCUGUACGCGCAAGCUGGGCGACAACCGAGUUAUCACUAACGACUUUAUUAGGGCCCCUUUGAACCCUUGGACAAGCGCAGAGAGCAAAAAGGCCAGGUAGCAGCAGAGGAUGAACGUCUACUCUGCUUAAGACUUCAUGAUGAAGUGCAGUCGUUUCGAUUUUAAUGGAACAAGGCAGAAAUCAAUGCUGUGAAUCUCAAGCUGUGCAAAUAAGUGGAAUCUGAUCUGAUUGGAGAGGUUCCAUAUGUAGUAAUAUGCAUUGAUCAGUGUAUUUGUGACAAGCCUAUUGUUACACAUGGGCACAUUCAGUACUUAAAAGAAUGUUAAUUGUCUGCCAUUGACGGCAAUAGACGUCCAAUCCAUUUGUUGCUGUCAAUGGCAACAAAUGAGAUAAAAGAACCAAUAGACUGCUGCCAUGCUCAUAAGUAUAUCAUUUGAGGAUGAAAGUGAUGCACUGGAAUGAAUGUGCAUUUUUGCUCGUGAAUGUUGGAAUAAAUAAAAGUCUAAUGUUAAUUUUUUUUUGUGGUUUAAGACUGGCUUUAAAGAGUGGAUUUUAAUGUUAAAUAACAAUAAAAUGUUUUUUUGUUUGAGUGGA